UGGAGGGUUAAUGUUCAUGAAUUCAAAUAUCAUCGACACAAGAAAUAGUUCUUUUGUAGACCGUGGGGUAUGGGAGUUGGGUUUUGUUAAAAAGGAUGUCUAUGACUUUGGAAUUCUGCUUCUUGAGCUAAUUACAAGAAAGGAACCCACUGAAAUUAACAGUUUUUCAUAUGGUUUUAAUGGGAGUUUGUUUGAUUGGAUAACUCACCUUUUGAGCAAUUCAUAUGAUAUUUACAGUGUUAUUGAUAAUUCUCUGAUUGGCAAAGGAUUUGAUGGUGAAAUCUUUGAGUUACUUAGAAUUGCAUGUACCUGUCUUAACCCCUUCCCUAGUCAAAGGCCAACAGUGCUUGAAUUGUACAAUACAAUAAGUACUUUUGGGGAGAGAGAUGGCAUCACAAAUGACUCUAAGAUAUUGAUGCAACCUGAAAUUGCUAUUGCAAGUAGCUCAAUUGACAUCAAUACAGUAAGUACUUUUGGGGAGAGAUAUGGCAUCAAAAAUGACUUUGAGAUAUUGAUGCAAUCUGAAAUUGCUAUUGCAAGUAGCUCAAAUGAAAUUGUUGAGCUAGAAAUUGCAGAGACCAAUUGAAGCAUGAUAUAAAAAGUGUAGCUUUCACAUUUUGAAAUAUAUGUAACAUAUUUGCUGUCCCAAACGUUA